AUGUUAGAUACUGUUAAUGGCUUACAAAUACAGUUGCUGAAAAACUUAAAUGUUGACAUUAACAUUGAAGGUGACAAUCGUGGUGAUGAUAAUAUUGAUCUUGAAGUUGGUAAUGGUGCAAAGGGGAAAAGAAAAAGUCAAGGGGAGCUAAAAACUAAAGAUUUGUUCAAUAGAAGGUUGAUAAAAGCUACACAAACCACAAUCAAUGGUGCCUUUAAAAAGGAGAUAAGAGAAGAUGCUUGUAAGGAUAUAUUGCUCUUUUUUUUUUACAAUAAUGAUAUUUCGUUUAAUGUUGCUAGGUCUGAUCAAUAUAUUAAGAUGUUUGACUUUGUUGCAAAACAUGGUUUAGGAUUUAAACCACUUUCUUAUCAUGAAAUUAGAGUUAAAUAUUUGGACUUUUAUUAUGGAGAGAUUAGUAAGGUAGUUGUUGGAUAUUGGUCUGAUCGGGAGAAAUAUGGUUACACAAUAUUGAAUUUUUUGGUACAUAGUCCAAAUGGAACUAUAUUUCUAAAGUCCAUUUAUGCAUCCGAUAUAACCAAGACUGCAGGCAAAGUUUUCGAGAUGAUUGAUGAUGUUGUUAAAGAUGUUGGAGAGGGAAAUGUUGUCCAAAUUGUUGCGGAUAAUGCGAUGAAUUACAAAGCAGUCAAGAAAUUGUUAAUGCAAAAAAGAAGUUGUUUUGAACACCAUGUUGUUGAAGAGGCUGUAGAGGAAAAUGUUGUCCAAAUUGUUACGGACAAUGUGGCGAAUUACAAAGUAACCGGAGAAUUGUUAAUGCGAAAAAGAAUGUUGCGCAAGGUGGACUCAGAAGAGAAGGCAACCAUGAGAUAUCUUUAUGAAGAAAUGAAUCUUGCAAAAGAGAAGAUUAAAUCAAAUGUUAAUGGAGUUGCUAGGAGCUACAAUCCCCUUUGGAAUAUAAUUGUUCAAAGGUGGGAUAAGCAACUUCAUAGGCCAUUACAUGUUGUAGGCCUUUAUUUGAACACCAAGAUACAUUAUGCUCCGGGAUUCAUUGAUGAUGAUGAAGAAAGAAAAAGAUUAAGAGAAAGAGUGCUAGCUAUGAGAUUGGAGAAAUUAAUUCCGAAGAUGAAGGGGAAGAAUGGAUUGAGAAUGUGGAGGAUGACGAAGAUGAAGGAGAUGACAUCUCACUUGAUGUUGGAACUUCCUCCCAUAGAUAAAGAAGAUGAUGAUGAUGAUGCCGUUGAAAUGGAAGAUAAUGAGGGUGAAGAUGGUGAUCUUGAUGACUAUCAAGAUUUUGGAUUGAUAGAUAUUUUAAAUGUUUAG